AUGAUGGCAUCCGACUUUGUCGGCUACACAGUCCUCGUGACCCUCAGUUCACCUCCUAACUCGCAAAUUCACGGCACAGUCGCAAACAUUGUAGGCCAGCGCCUCACUUUACAUGAUGUGACGCUCCUGUGGAAUGGCCAACGUUUCCCAUCAUAUACCAUUGAUGCUGCUGGAAUAGCAGAUCUCGAAGUGUCUAGUUCACAGGCUCAAGCUCCAUUCCACUCUACGAACCCCGUAUAUUCUCAUGCUACUUCCGCGACAAACAUUCCACAAAGCGCUAGCACUCAAUUGAGAUACCCACAGCCACCACCAGUACCUCAACAACAGCCUUUUGUCGACCCAGCGAUAGUGAGCUUCUCGGCAGCACCUAGCAAACCAGUACUUAACCAGACACCUGUGGCGGCUCUGCUAUCAAGAACCGACUCUUUCUUGGGUUCAGCCUCGAGUGCGCUCUCGGUCGAGACGGCGCAUCCCCCGCAGACAGUCGAGAGGCACGACUCCGCGGUGACUGCGAUUUUGACCGAACCAUUCAGUAGCAUCACUCUUGAUAAAACUGUUGAUAUCGUGGAAGAAGCAGCCAAAAAUGGAAAGGGCUCUACAAAAAGAGGCAAACGAGGGGGGCGCAAUAAAGGGCAAGAUCAUAGUGGAAAUGGAUGGCGGCAGACGGCAUUUGUUGAACCAGCGAGGCCGAGGCUUCACACAGGUUAUCCUGCAGAUGACGAUGUUCUCCAAGCGCAUGGAAAGCAGCUAAGAAACAAAAAUCGCAAAGCUUAUGCGGAGAAUUCGAAUGGGUGGGCAACGGAAGAUGCCACAGACAUACAAGAGCUCGGCGACUUUGAUUUCCAGGGAAAUUUGUCGAAGUUUGAUAAGAGGCGCGUUUUUGACGAAAUCCGAAACGACGACACCACCGCCGACGAAGAUCGCUUGGUAAGCUUCAACAAGAGACCAAAACCCGGUACCAACGGCGGAAAAAACCUCCACUGGUCCGAGAAUGUGCUAGACAGCACACCUGCUCAGUGGAAUAGCGAAGCGGGCGAAACCGAAACUGAGACCAGUGAUGAUAAAUUUAGCAGCGGAAACUACUCCAAUCGCGACAGAUCUAAACCACCCGGAAAAGCCCAGGUCACAAAAAAGAGCAGCCUCAUUCUGGGACAAGCUGCGAUGUCAGCUUCUUUCGGAUCGGUCGGUCGUAGCUCGAUUCCAUCCCCGCGAAAUAUCAGCCCGAUGCCUAACAGACAAUCUGGAAGGGUGUCUCCACUCAAUGGAGCUAACGGAUCUUCAACUGGUAGUUUGCGCCUGACAACCACUAACAGGUUAUGCCCAACCGUCAGCCCACUUCAAAUGCUUGAAGUUGAACAAUUAGCUGUGACUGAACUUGGCUUGACUGAAGAUAUUAUCGUUGAGAAUGCCGGUCGCGGAAUCGCCGAAGCUGCUGUGGGUCGACUUGGUAGCGAUGCAGCUGCUCCAGCUGUUCUUGUCCUCACCGGUAAUCACCGAACAGGCGGACGAGCGAUAGCUGCUGCACGGCAUUUGAAAAAUCGAGGGCAUAGAGUUACACUGUGCCUGCUAGGCUUAGAGCAUGAAACAGAACUAUUGGAGAAUUGCCGCAAGCAAUUAGAGAUAUUCAAAAAGAUUGGCGGCAGAGUGCUACGGUGGGAGGAGCUCUCGGCUCGUCUCUUGACGCCUGACUUCAGCGUCGAUUUAGUCAUCGAUGCAUUGUUCGGUAUGCACAUUGCCUUUGAGGAUUUGAGAAGCGACGACCAAGCCACAGCUUACAUACCUUCUGGUAUCUCUGCUGCAACUGUAUCAGACUUCGUCGUCUGCUUGGGAGCGCCUAAGACCGGGGUCAUGCAAGCCCUACAAUCUGGAGAAGGCAGCUCAUGGGAAAUCACAGUUGCAGACAUUGGUAUUAGCCAUGUGGUCUGGAGGAAGUACGGCACACGUCGGCGGCACGGUGUCGACUUUGGCAAUCGCUGGGUUGUAAAUUUGAAGUACCAGCCUGCGGCGGCAUGA